CACCACAGAAAUGGAAACGGCGGUCAACACUCAGAGCGACCCCCAGGAUGAGAUCCCCAGCUUGGAGGGUAGCCCAGUCUUGCAGGUGAUUCCGGAGCCAGGGCCGCCACCCAGUGCCCCAUACUUGCCACAGACACCCAGCCAAGGUGGCCCAGUCAUCAGGCCGGCGGAAACGGUGGCUGUGGAACGGAGCAGCCUUGGUGGCUUGAAUGGUGACAACCGGCAGCAGCAGCAACAGCGUAUCGAUUGCGUGGUAUGUGGGGCCAAGUCAAGUGGCAAACACUACGGCCAGUUCACAUGCGAGGGCUGCAAGAGCUUCUUCAAGCGCAGUGUGGGGAAGAGUCAAAACUUCACAUGUCAAGCCAACAAAGACUGUCGCAUUGACCAGCACCAGCGCAACCGGUGCCAGUACUGCCGCUUCAAAAAGUGCGUCGACAUGGGUAUGAAAAGAGAUGCAGUGCACAAGAACAGGAUACCACUCGUCCAGCCAACCCGUGGGCAAGUAGUGCCGACCAAUAGGGAAUCCCUCGGCUUCCACACUAACCUGUCUGAUUAUAUUUCUCUGCUGAUCCACGCCGAGCCCUAUACCCUGUUCGGGUCAGGCAGCCAGUGCGUGCAGCCCAACGAUGUCUUGACCCUUGAGAACAUUUGUGAGCAGGCUGCCCGGGUGCUCUUCGGUGCCAUUGAAUGGGCCCAGAAAAUACCCUUCUUCCCUGACCUGCCCAUCGAUGACCAAGUGGCCCUGCUUCGCCUCACCUGGUGUGACCUGUUCAUGGUGAACUGGGCACAGUGCUCCAUGCCACUCCAUGUCCUCCCAUUCCUGGCUGCCACCAGCUUACAGGGCUCGCAGGCGUCCUCCAGCCAGGUGGCCAUCUUUAUGGACCAGGUACAGAUUUUUCAAGAGCAAAUGGAGAAGUUCAAAACUCUGCGCGUCGACCCCGUUGAGUACAGCUGCAUCAAAGCCAUAAUCCUGUUCACUUCAGAUGCCAUUGGUCUCUCUGAUGUAGCCAGUGUGGAAAGCUGGCAGGAAAAGUCCCAGUCAGCUUUGGAGAAAUACGUUAGAAUCCAGUACUCCAACCAACCAAUGAGAUUUGGAAAGCUUUUGCUUCGCCUUCCUUCCCUCCGCACAGUCUCCUCCUCCGUGAUAGAGCAAUUAUUUUUCGUUCAUUUGGUAGGUAAAAUCUCCAUCAAAAGCCUCAUCCGGGAUAUAUUAUUGUCGGGUAACAGUCCUAACUAG